AUGAUGCCGCCGCCCUCGGCCCCCCGCGGCCCAGUCCCCCCGCGCCUUGCCGCGUUUCCGGCCGCCAACUCCCCGCAACGUGCCCGUGGCCCUGUGCCCAACCGCGGCCCCUCGGCAAAUUCGAGCCUCGGCUCGUCCUUGGCGCCGCCGCCGACGCACUCCGCGAAAGCCCCCAAACCAAGCCGCAAAGUGAUCCUGACGCCGGGCCACUCCCCGCUCGACUGGGCGCGCAUCUCGGGCCCCAACGCCGACCUGCGGAACCUCCCCGCCGAGACGCCGUACCUUAAGGUCACGCCCUCGAUGCUGAAGACGAUGACGGGGCGCAAGGGCAAGGACGCGUGGAUGGCGCUGGGCGGAAGGGUCUACAACAUCACGCCGUACCUGCCGUACCACCCGGCCGGCGUGCCCGAGCUGUUGAGGGCGCUGGACGGGACGGGACCAAAGAUUCAUCCGUGGGUCAACUACGAGACCAUGCUUUCGGCGUGUCUUGUUGGACUUUUGGUCGAGGAGGACGAGGGUUCCAAGCCUAGUGCGAUGGACGAGAUGGACUGA